CUGUUUUUCCCUUUGCAACUCCAAAACGAAACCCUCUCUUCUUCUUCUUCUUCUUCGUUUCUUUGCUCCGAUUCCUCGGAAAUGGAAGGGAGUGAUUCAGUCACCACCGUUUCAUCAACUCCACUAUCUCAAUCUCCUUCUUCUUCUUCUUCUCUGGCACCAUCGCCGCCGCCCGUCGUUCUCAGUCCAUGUGCGGCCUGCAAGAUUUUGAGACGGCGAUGUGCCGAGCGAUGUGUAUUGGCUCCCUAUUUCCCUCCCACUGAGCCAGCCAAGUUCGCCAUCGCUCAUCGAGUUUUUGGCGCCAGCAAUAUCAUCAAAUUCUUGCAGGAACUGCCUGAAUCUCAGAGGGCAGAUGCAGUGAGCAGCUUGGUCUAUGAAGCAAGUGCGAGAAUUAGAGACCCUGUUUAUGGAUCAGCAGGGGCCAUUUGCCAACUUCAAAAGCAAGUCAAUGAGCUUCAAGCGCAGCUAGCCAAGGCUCAGGCAGAGGUUGUGAAUAUGCAAUGCCAACAAGCCAAUCUUGUGUCCUUUGUUUGCAGGGAAUUGGCUCAGUCUCAUCAGUCUUUUGAUGAUUUCAAUGGCAGCCCUCAUAAUGGCUUAUUCCAGAGCAUCAGUCCAAGUUACUUUGAUGAUAGCAAUGUAAACUCAUUGUGGGAACCUCUUUGGACAUGAAUUAUCUGACUUCACUCUUUUUCUUUUAGUGUAUGCAUGUAAGGUGUUUGAUAAAAUGUUCCAAUGAAGUUUCUCCAAAUUCUUAAAGCCAAUUUGUGGUUGUGGAGUAGGAGAAACUUUGUGGAAAAUACAACAGAAAUUUACUUUCUUUGUUAUGAUUAAAUUAUUGUACUGAAAUGGACAAAACAAAAGGAGGGAAACCAAAGCUUUAUUAGGGAUAUGUCUUUAUCCAUAAUCUCUCUGUUUAGGCCAAAAAAGAAAGAGGGAGAAAAAAAAAGAAAAAAAGAAAAAAAAGGCAGAUGCUUGGCAUAAUCAGUGUGAAAGAGAUGUAUACCAAUUGCUUAACCAUCUUUACUUUGAAAUAAAAUAUUCAUUAACAAGUCAUAUAUUUUCAUAAA